AUGGAGGAGGACGACGCGGCCGUGGCGGUGCGAGUGCUGAAGGAGCGGCUGACGUGGCAGCCGAGCGCCGUGACGAGCCGCGGAGAGCGCGGGGAGAAUGGGGAGCGCGGCGAGAGGGGAGAGAGUGGGGAGAGCGCGGAGAGCGACAGCAGCAGGCGCGUGCGGGAGGUGAUUCUGACGGCGGAAAACGAGAGCAAUCGCGAGCGGCUGCACGGCAUGCUGCGCGACGUGGCGUGCGAUGGGCUGUGCCUCUCGCUGCUUCUUCUCGGACCCAGAGGAUGCGGCAAGACUCUGGUUAGUGGCUUUAGCUCGUCCCCUCCUUCCCACUGCUGGCGGCGUGAUUUGAGUUCCUUCAAACCCACCUCCCCUCCUUCCCACACCUUCCCACGCCACUGCAUUUCCCUCAGGACUCCCAGGUGGUUUGACCUCCCUCACUCUGUCUCCCUCAAGGGGCAAGCAAGGAAUACUCUACCUGCUCGUGCACCUCAUGCGCCCUCCUCCAUGUCUUCCGCAUUGACACAAGCCACACCUGCGGCAUUCCCCACUGCACCCCCCCCCUCUUCCCUCCCUUCACAUCGUGUCACAGAGGGGCAAGCAGGGAAUACUCUACCUGCUCUUGGACUUCAUGCACUCUCUCCCUUGCGUUCCGAGUCAACUCAAAACGCACCUGUCUCAUCCCCCACUGUCUCCCUCUCCUCUCCCACCUCUCACAGAGGGGCAAGCAGGGAAUACUCUACCUGCUCUUGGAUCUCAUGCAUUCUCCCGACACACACCUGGCUGUCAUUGGUGUCUCCGCCUCUCAGGACGCGGACUCGCUCUCUUGCAUUCGUCGUGUGCCCACCCCUCCUCUCCCUUCAGGACGCGGAUCAGCUGCUUGAGAAGCGAGUGCGAUCGCGCUUCUCCAACCGCAAAAUCAUCUUCCUUCCGCCGCAGCCUCACGACUUUGUCAGAUUGCUUCACUCAACCCUCACUCUCCCAGCGCAGAGGCCACCAUCCGUCUCCCCUGCUCCUCCCAACCCUGAUUCAUCUGCUCCUCCACUUCACCACAACACCACUGCACCUGCUACCAAUGCUCCUCCUAACGCCACCGAUUCUUGGGCUGCGUUCGCAGCGGGGUUCAACGAACGGGUGGAAGCGGUUUUCCAGCAUCCCUCGGUGCUGGCCGUUUUGCUGCAGUCGACCGCGGUCAACCGCACAGCACCACACAUUUUCAAGCUCGGGUUCCGAGCAGUGUGCGAGAUGGUGAGGAGAGGAGGUCAAACUCUUUCGGUGGCUGAUUUUGAAAGGGCGUAUGCUGCCACCACACAGCCCAUCCGGCAGCAGAUGCUCUCAGAGUAUGAGUCUCGGAGAGUGGCGGCCAGAGGCUCUGUCUCUGAUGUCUUCUCUCAAGAAUCCGCCUUACAGGCUUACGGGCGGCUUAUAGAUGCCAAUUUUGUAGCGGUUGUCUCUGGGCAGCAACCAGCCAGUGUGGAGGACCUUGAAUUCUUACCUGCCCGUUUGCUGGUUACUGCAUACGAGCUAGAAGAGGCUAUCAACAAGAAUCCACGUGUUCCUGUAACGGCUCUGAGCUCUACGCCUCGAUCCCUCGCCGAUGACCUGCCGUGGAGGGAUACGCUGAAGGCCUUCGGCUCUUUCUUGAAAGCCCUGGAAUCGUCAGGCGCAUCGAAGCUGAUCGACUCGUAUGUCGCGUCCCCUUUCGGCGCGCGCACGGGGGUCACUUUCCUCGCGCCGACCGACGACGCGUUCGCGGCGAUGCCGGCGCAAGACGCGGAGAUGCUGCGCACGAUGCCGUGGGCCAUGGCGAGCCAGCUGCUGUUCCACGUCGUGAAGAAGAGACUGACGCAUGUCCAGCUGCGCUCCGCUCGCCCCGAAACUAAGUACGGCACUCUCUCCAACGUCGCCGUCGUCAAGGUGUACGCGCCCAUCCUCGAGUUCGGCCCCGCAGGCUCGCCAUACGGCCCGCAGGUGUCGCGCGCUAAUGCAUAUGUGGGAGACAGCAUUGCCGUGCAUGGAAUCACGGAUGUCAUGGACCCGGGUCUCUACUCGCGCCAGUUCAUCCGCCCCCUCGUGCAGAUGAAAGCAGUCUCUGGCGACCCUGCGCUGGCCCAGGCCCGGGCACACCGUGGGCGAGUGGCAUGCGAAUCUGUGCUGGCAGCGCUGCAGAAGAAAGGGCUCUCUCGCUUCACUGAGGCGCUCCAGAAGGCUGAGCUUCAGGAGUAUCUAUGCCGCAAGCUCGAGACCCAAGAGCUGACACUGAUGGUGCCCUCAAACGAUGCUUGGGAUCACUUGGCGCCUGCUGUUGCUGACUCUAUUGCGGACAACCCACAGAAUAUUAUCCAGGUGCUACUUUUCCACAUCCUUGAGACAAGACUCACUGCAGCUGAUCUUCGCAGCUCGGCACCCGGUGACGAGGUACGUCACACACAGAAACACUGUACUUAA